ACUUACCUAAUUAUACACACACACACAUGCACACACUCGCAUGCAUGGAUAUUCGCAUACAGUUUCUUCCCACCCUCUAUCUCACGCCCCUACCGAACUAACCCUCCUAACCGACCGCCUGCUAUCCACUUGCAAAGUACUGCUGUUGACACACAGGAAUCCAGACCCACACACACACUCAUGCUCUUCCUCCCUCCUUGGCAGGAAGGACUCUUCUCUGAACCAGACGACAGCUUGCGCUUCUCUCUUUUUCCUCUGCUGGCAGGUGUUAGAAAUAAAACCAUAAAUAAGUGCACGAGGGAGCCAGAAACAGCGCGAGAGAGCAGGACAAAUGUCUGUCUUCAUUUGUUGCUGGAGAGAGGGGGAAAUAUGUGGGAAAAGGAACGAUAUGGAGGAGAAAUCUAUGAUUUUGAGUAGCUAGAACAGAUAUCGGGGUUUUAUUUGUCUGCUGUCAACUGUAUUUUUGUGUGUGAAGGGGUCUUAAGAGAACACUCGGAUCAUCUGGGCUCAAGCUGCAGCAUUGUUGGUUGAGUUUGAGUGCAGCUGAGGGGAAACAAAGUAACCGAGAGGAACACAAGGCAGUCAUGGACACUACAACACCUCAGCCACAAUCCUGGAUGACUUGGAUUUGCACACUGGAGUUGGACCCCAUCCAGCCCACAGUCCACUGAUACAAAUGAGUAUGCAUGUGCCUCCUGAGCCAUGCUCCCCGGCUAUGGAUUCUCUCCUCUCCUUGAUUUCCAGCCUCACCUCCAAGCGUUCCAUUGCAGAGGCGAGAGCUCUGACAUGUGGUUCCCAGGCUCAGUUGAGACCCAGGCUCUGAGCGACUCUCGGGAAGGUAGGCCUCUCUUGCGACAGCAUCAACACAUUGCUGUGUGUCAGCAAGAGACGUUGGCCUUCAUUGACCUUCAACAGCCAAGCGUUAAUGGUUUCCAAUCAUGCACACCGGAAAACUGUAGUUCCUCUCUUUGCUCCAAGCCUGUCAGAUGCAAUGGAAGCAGUCCAUCUGAUUUUGCCAAGAAUGGGAGUACAGACACAACGCUGGACUAUUUGACCCAGGAUAGUAAUAAUGUGGAAGAGGUUCAAGAUCAGACGUGGACACACAUUACUGCCUUAUCUGAAACAGUUUAUGAAAAACCUGAACCAGGAGUUAAGGCACUCCGUUCUCGAGACUUGUUUCUGCCUCUGUCCUCUACAUAUGUACCUGAGAACAGGAACUCUUUGGAGCCUCAGCCGCAGAGCUCCCCUUCUUCGCCCUUAGAGUUCCAGAGUUCAGACCCAUUUCGCCCUCAAAGACGCACAUCUUUGGGAUCCAUAAAGGAGAAGUCCAUAAGGCGUAAGAUGAGGGUGUACUCUCCAGACACUAUGGAUGAAGGGUCUCUCAGCAGCCCAGGUGUGGAGUGUGAUUACAUGCUUCCAACAUCCUUCGAAUCGUUUGUAGAAGGAGGCCUUGGAAUGGUGGGUUCUACCAUACCCACAUCCAAUAGUUCCAGCUCUCUUCCAGGGGUAGAUGAGGACCUUUCUCCUUUUGCCUUACCGACGCCUCCGAAACCGUUCUUAGAUCCCCUUCAGGAGGGUGCCAGAUUGGAGGGGGGUGUAAAUGAUGGGGGGAGGCAGAGGUUGGGCCUGGAGGACUGCGGGACUCUGAAAGGCCCUGCCCUUAACAGUGGGACCUCUCUACCUCUGUCCCGUUCUCGCUCAGUAGACAACGAGCGCCGGCGCUUCUCUGCCUCUGAGCUCAUCUCUCGUCUACAACUCUCCCAGAGGAAAAACUCUUUUACCCUUAAGCUAGGCAAGUCUCUUUCUGCUCGUGUGGCCUCCCGGGACCGCCACCUGUCUGGAAACCUCAGCUCAGACUACAAACCCAGCUCCAGACAUCGCUUCUCAGGGGGAUCAAGUGACAGUGCACCACAUAGUCCGUUAGGGUAUGCACCACCUCUGCCCUCUGCUGACUGUAAUCUGCCACAGCAAAGGAGAAGUGCCAAGCAAAGUAUGAGAAAGGUUUCCAUUGAUGAGGAUGGAGAGAGUCCUCACAGUAGCUCUAAACGCCUGUCACGCUUCUUGCCAAACUUGAUCUUGUAUCAGGAAUACAGUGACGUUGCUAUUAACAGAGAGAUACAAAGGCAGCAGGGGGCGGAGCCAGGAACCGAUGAGGAAAGAGGAGACUCUGUGUCCACUGGCAACCUGUCUCCAUCCAGUUCAUUCCGCUCAUCUCGAGGCUCUGCCUUUUCCCUUUGGCAAGAUAUUCCUGAUGUUCGGUCCAGUGGACAACUUGACAACUUCAGCAAUGAAGAGCGUAAACUACAGGAGGCCAAGUUUGAGUUGGUGACGUCAGAGGCCUCAUACAUACGCAGCUUGUCUAUUGCAGUUGACCAUUUCAUGAUGUCUCCUGAGCUGUGUGAGUGUCUUGGGACACAGGAGAGGCAGUGGCUCUUCUCCAAACUGCCUGAUGUAAAAGAAGUCAGUGAGAGAUUUCUUCAAGAUUUGGAGCACAGGUUAGAAGGAGACAUUCUGCGUUUUGAUGUGUGUGACAUUGUCCUUGACCACUGUCCUGCACUGCGGAGGGUUUAUCUGCCUUAUGUCACCAAUCAAGCCUAUCAGGAACAGACCUAUCAGCGGCUAUUGCAAGAGAAUCCCCGUUUCCCUGGAAUCCUUGCCCGCCUGGAAGAGGACCCAAUAUGCCAGAGGCUGCCUCUUACAUCAUUCCUUAUCCUUCCUUUUCAAAGGAUCACACGCCUCAAAAUGCUGGUGGAGAAUAUCCUAAAGAGAACAACGCCUGGAUCACGAGAUGAGGACACUGCCACCAAAGCACUUAAUGAGCUCAAAAAGAUAAUAAAGGAAUGUAACUCCAGUGUGCAGUCCAUGAAGAGGAUGGAAGAACUAAUUCAUCUAAACAAGAAAAUUCACUUUGAGGGCAAGAUUUUUCCUCUCAUCUCUCAGUCUCGUUGGUUGGUCAAACAUGGUGAACUGCUAGAAGUGGACACACAGAACUUGAGUAUUUCUGGGUCCAAGUUUAAACUUACCACUCGGCCUGUGUACCUUCACCUGUUUAAUGACUGUCUUCUGCUGUCCCGAAGGAAGGACACGUGGAAGUUCAUGGUGUUUGUACAUGCAAAGAUUGAGGACCUCAAGGUGAAAGAUCUAAGCCAGAAACUUCAGGGAAUCUCAGGCUUCAUCUUCUAUCUGCAGUUAUGUGAGGGCCAACAGCUAAAACACCAGAUUCUGCUCAAGUCACCCACAGAGAGCAGCAAACAGAGGUGGAUAACAGCCAUGUUUCCCUCCGAUCCAAAGACAGCUAUUGAGCAGACCAAUGAGAAUGAUGAUCUAGCUCAAGUCCAGUGCAUCAAGAUCUACCAGUCUCAGGAGCAUGAUGAGUUAACGCUGGAGAAGGCAGACAUCCUUCAAGCUGUAACAAUUACAAAUGAUGGGUGGGUAGAGGGGAUCCGGUUGUCAGAUGGAGAGCGGGGCUGGUUCCCCAAAACUUAUGUGGAGGAGAUCACAAGCCGCAGUGCUCGUUUGCGAAACCUCCGUGAAAACAUUCGCAUUAAAUGUGUCUCACAAAAAUUGGAGGGAGAGACUCUCUGAGACCUUGAAGUAUGGGACAUUGUUUUACUUAAAGGGUUAGUUCACCCAAAAAUUACUUUCAGACAAAUCCAAUCAGAGUUAUAUUAAAAAUUGUCCUGGCCCCUGCAAGCCUUUCAAUGGGGGUAAGCGGGUGUUAUAAAUAAUUAAUAAUAAUGUAAUAAAGGCCUCCUGUAGCAAAUCCAUGCAUUUUUGUAAGAUAAAUAUCCAUAUUUCAAAUGUCAAAAACACUUUUUUUUCUCACUUACGCUGACUGUCGUAUGUGGAAGUCGAAUUACCAACAGCCGCUUACCCCCAUUGAAAGGCUUGGAGGGGCCAGGA